AUGUCCUCUACAAGUCCAUAUCAAAACUUAUUUGCUCUUGAUAUAAAACUUGUCUUGGGUAACAUCAUCAAUCCAGCUCAAGGGGCGUUUAUUGCCGGCAGAAGCAUAGUCCACAAUGUGUUAUUGUGUCAAGAUGUUAUGAAACAUUAUUCUAGGAAACAUUGUCUUCCUAGUGCUUUACUGAAAAUUGAUUUACGUAAGGCAUAUGAUACGAUGGAUUGGCAGUUUAUUAAGGAUAUGCUUAUUGCUCUUCGUUUCCCUACACAUUUCAUCAAGAUUAUUAUGUCAUCUUUUCAUGCUCGAAGAGGUCUUAAGCAAGCUGAUCCCAUGUCCCCGUUACUGUUUGUAUUAGGGAUGGAAUAUUUGUCUAGAAUUUCUCAUUUAUGCCAAGUUGACACAAGAUCUCUUAGAAUUAUGGCCAGUUGUAUCGAGCUCUUUUCACAGUCUUCUGGUUUGACUGCUAACACUUCGAAGUCUGCUAUCUAUCUUGUCGGUGUCAACCAUUCAGCACAAAUGCAGCUUGCUCAUAUUGUUAAAUUUUCUUUGGGUGAACCCCCGUUCUGUUAUUUGGGUGUGCCACUAACAUCCAAGCGCCUAUCUGCUCGUGAUUGUGAUCAACUAGUGGAUAAAAUGACAAGUAGAAUACGCUCAUGGCAUGCCGAACAUUUAUCUUAUGUUGCUCGCCUGCAACUUGUCAAAUCAGUUCUCAUGGUUUACAGAUCUUUUCUUUGGUUUGGUAUCAAUAAUAGUGAUAAACCUGGAAAUGUCAGUUGGAAAAAAGUUUGUACUCCGAAAAAGUAUGGUGGCUUGGGUAUCAGAAAUAUGGAUUUGCGGAAUAAAAUUGCAAUUGGGAAAGUUGUUUGGCAGAUUGCAAUGUUGAAAGAGUUCCUUUCAUAUUCCAUCAACAAUGUGUAUAAUGAGCAUAUGGAAAUACAUGACAUGGUUAGAUGGGACUCAAUGGUGUGGCAUAGAUACUCAAUCCCUAGGUCUCUGUUUGUUUUUUGGCUUGCACUUCUAAACCAGAUAAAGACACGGGAGAGAUUGCUCCAGCUGGGGAUCAAGCAUAUUACCUCUCUCCAACCUCGGAGAUGGAAGUUACCCAGGUAUAUAAAGAAGUUGUUGGUUGCUGCAAUUGCAUAUACAGCUGUGCAGAAAGCACUGCGUAUUCAAGGGCUUAAUUCUAAGGAUGAUUUAGCAAUCACUAAUGAUUGUAUUGAACCUUUUUGUGCUAUAGUUUCUUUUUCGCUAGUGCAAAUAAAGAGUGAGAUGGGGAAACUCUUCUUAGAUGGUGUGCCCCAUUUUCAUACUGAUGUAAUUAUAGAGUGA